AUGAGUUUUUUCAAGUCUAAGCUCCGAGACGCGCACUCGGCUUACAUCGCGCUUUACUCGCCGGUCACCGACUUUUCCGACCUUGCUGACACGCCCCGCAGCGAUCAAGUCUCGGACGCCAUCCUCGAUGCCUGCCUGAGGGAGGACCCCCUCUCCAAGGUUGCCUGUGAGACGGCCGCCAAGACCGGUAUGAUCAUGGUCUUCGGCGAGAUCACCACCAAGGCCCACCUCGACUACCAGAAGAUUGUCCGCGAUGCCAUCAAGGACAUUGGCUACGACUCGUCCGACAAGGGCUUCGACUACAAGACAUGCAACGUCCUCGUUGCCAUUGAGCAGCAGUCGCCCGACAUCGCUCAGGGUCUCCACUACGAGGAGGCGCUCGAGAAGCUCGGUGCCGGUGACCAGGGUAUCAUGUUCGGCUAUGCCACCGACGAGACCCCGGAGCUCCUGCCCCUCACUCUUCUCCUGUCCCACAAGCUCAACAAGGCCAUGACUGAUGCCCGCAAGGACGGCUCCAUCCCAUGGCUGCGACCCGACACCAAGACCCAGGUCACCAUUGAGUACGAACACGACGGCGGUGCCGUCGUCCCCAAGCGUGUCGACACCGUUGUCGUCUCCGCCCAGCACAGCGAAGACAUCACCACCGAGCAGCUCCGCAAGGAGAUCAAGGAGAAGAUCAUCAAGCAGGUCAUCCCCGCCGAGCUCCUUGACGAGAACACCACCUACCACAUUCAGCCCUCUGGCCUGUUCAUCAUCGGUGGACCUCAGGGUGACGCCGGUCUGACUGGCCGUAAGAUCAUCGUCGACACCUACGGUGGCUGGGGAGCUCACGGUGGUGGUGCUUUCUCUGGAAAGGACUACUCCAAGGUCGACCGUUCUGCUGCCUACCUUGCGCGCUGGAUCGCCAAGUCGCUCGUUCACGCCAAGCUGGCCCGCCGUGCGCUCGUCCAGCUGUCGUACGCCAUCGGUGUCGCUGAGCCCCUGUCGCUCUUCGUCGAGACCUACGGCACCUCUGACAAGUCCUCGGAAGAGCUUGUCAAGAUCAUCCUCAACAACUUUGACCUCCGUCCCGGUGUCAUCGUCAAGGAGUUGAACCUGAUCAACCCCAUCUACUUCCAGACCGCCAAGAACGGUCACUUCACCAACCAGAGCUUCACCUGGGAGCAGCCCAAGGAGCUGAAGCUAUAAUUGUAACAUCAACACAUAUCAUAUCUGCAUGAGUGGCGCAUGAAUCAACUUCAUCCCACAAGGUCAAGACUUUCAUGACUUGCGCGUAAAAACACGAGGUGAGCGAAAUGCAUAUUUUGGAGGCGGGCUUAACGUUCAGCUUUUCAACAAGUUUUACACGGCGUCGUUUGGGCAAACUACUAUAUACCCUUUUGAUACCAGCCCUUCUUCUCCAGAAAAAGUUAUAUUUUUUUCUUUCAUAGAAAUCUAUUCGUGUGCCUGCCUGGGCGGGCACAUUGAAAGCGGGGGCGUUAGAAACAUGACGAAAGUCUUUCAACAUGGAGGCCUGAGUGCGUUGUCAACACGCAUGAUGAGGCUUGCACAAAUUUACAAUGUGCAGAGGUGGAUGGGUAAUAGGAUAGGAUGAAUUGGAUCAGUCAGGCUGCCAAUUGAGCAGCAUGGUUCAGCUACAAA